AUGGGUUGGUUCUGGGGUGAUAGCAAGAAUGAUCCUGUCAAGAAGCUCGAUCCAGGGCUUCGCGACUAUCUCGAACAGGAAAAACCCGACAAAUAUGUACCCGGUCCCGAUGUGAAGCCACCACCAUCGACGCCUGUGCAAUCUCCCGACACUUCUGAUCCCUCGAAACCUCAAGUUCCCGCAGCUUCGCUUUAUCAGGAUGGGCGUUAUGCUCAUCUAUGGAAAACAUAUAAGCCACCAGCGGAGGAUGAUGAAGGAGCCGGAAUCCGCGGGGCGUCGCGAGUGAUUGAACAACACAAGGCGAAAGGCGACACAGUACAACGGGCAGCAAUGGAGAAUUGUGCACUGGAGCAUGAGGCCUUGACCUAUUGUUUCCAGACAGGUAAUUGGCGCAAGCAAAUAGAGGCCCGAUUGACCUUGUGCUCAAAGGAGAAUGGCACCUUCUCCCGAUGCUUCAUGACCCAGACAAAAUUCCUUCAAGCUCUCGGCUACGCAGCUGGCGUCGACCAAGACGCUGAAAAAGAGGAGCGCAUUCAGAUGCAUGCCGACAAGCUAUACCACCAGAUGCUAGACUAUGAAAAGCGAAUUGAAGAUGCCAAGGCAGCCGGGCUCGAACCACCACCUCUUACAUCGCUGUUCAAUCCCGAGAAGGAGUCGCAAGUCCAACAAAACCGAGAGAUUGAGAUUCCGGGAGGAGAAGCAAUCCCGACAGGAUUUAAGCCAUCAAAACCGCUCCAUAAGCUCACACCACACGAGCGGGAGUUGGAAAUCCGGGCACACUACGCAAAUUUGGAACAGCAAAGACUAUAUAUGGAGGAGGCUGCGCCCUUCAUGAAGUCUCAGGACGAUGCUCGACAGAAGCGACAAGAAAAGGCCGUUAGCUGGUUUGGAGAGACUCUCGGCAAAUGGAUGUCCUAG